GCCUCACGUGUGACCUUGGUCAAGUCGCGCGAUGCAUGGAGUUGGAGAGACCCGGGUUCGAGUUCUGGGACUACCAGCUUCCUCACUCUGUGACCUUGGGCAAGUUGUUUCGCCUUUGUGAGCCUCAGUUCCCUCAUCUGUGAAGUGGGGACUUGCCUCGCUGGGUGGUUGACUGUUUGAUGAGAUAAAGCUGGGAAAGUGCUUAGCGCAGAGCCUGGCGUAAAGUCAGCCCUGGGUAGAUGCUAGCUAUUGAUGUGAUUGUUAGUGCCCUUUGUAAGCCUCAGUUUCUUCCUCUGUAAACUGGGCAUAAUCCCAGAACCUGUCUCAUGGGAUGGUCUCGCACAAGGCCUGGCACAUUCCUGCUGAAUUAUUAUCUGUAUGGUUCCGUUUCCCCAUCUGUAAAAUGGAGCUGAUAGUAGAAUCUGCCUCGCAGGGCUGAGUGAGUAUUCAGUGAGAUAAUGCACACAUAGUGUUGUGAACAGUGCCUGCACGGAGAGAGUGCUCAGUACGUGUUUGCUGCUACAUACUGUAUACUAGAUGGGUACUGGAGUUGGGUCAGCCAAUAUUGCAAAAGGGCUCUGACCACGUCUACACUCUUGGAGAGCUCCUAGCUCCCUGCACGGCAUCUUCUCCAGGGCCUGGUGCAGUGCCUUGCAACCAGUAGGGGCCUAAAACACAUUUGUUGAAUGAAUGAAUCAAUGUUAAGUUCCUAGAAAAGACAGGUUGGUUUCUGGGAAAGGGUGGAGGGUUUUAGAGGUGUUGUAGUGUGGCAGGUAAGCAGGUUUAUGGGGUGACCAAGAGGUCAGGGAGGCAGGCCCUGGGGGGUUUAUGGGAGCAUAGCUGAGGUGCUGGGAUUAUAUGAUGGGGAAGGAGGCUUGGGAGCAUGCCAGGUUUAUAGACCAGACCUGAGUUGAGUGUGGGCAAGGCCGUCAUAUGACUAAAGGCAGCGGCCAGGUUGGUGGUAGAGCCCAUGGGUUGUUAAGGAAAGGGGAGCAAAUCAAAGGGGUUGUAGGACAUUGACGGAAGAGUGUUGGGUGACACUGGGCCAUAGCUGGCCAUGGAAGUGAGUGGGUUUUGAUCUCGCUGUGAAGUGAGAUUGGGGUGUGGUUGGUGGUCUGGAUCUGGUGAAGGAUGGCUGAGGUUUCUGUUGUUACUGGUGGAAGGGAGAGGUAAGGGGAAAAGUUAAGGGCCAAGAAGGGAGAUGCAGAGUAGCUGUGGUCAAGGAAGGAGUUAGAUGGGUGGAGGAUGGAUUCGUUGUGGUUUGAAUGAGAGAAAACCAGAUGAGCUGUGUAGACUCACCCUUGGAGAUGGACUCUGGUUAUUCCCUAGGGUCCUGAGGCUUUCCACCUUUACAGGAUUUGAUUUCAGCCCCGGCCUUCGUUCUCAGGGGCUGACACCAGAGUAAUUUCUCUCCUUUUGGAGUUAAAGUAAGCCCACCACGGUCAGGGGUCCUUAUCCCUCUAGGGCUUGUGUGUUGAUACCCAAAAAUGAAAAGCAUAAAUUCUGUAAGAAGAUGCAGCUUGAUGGCUUUUCUCUGUAAAACCCAGGGGAUGGUUCUGGCCCCCUUUCUCACAGUACAUUUUGCUUGGUGUAUUGAUUUUUCACCCAGAAGUCAGGUGUGGGAGAAGACUCGCUAAGUUAUGUGGCUGGCUCCUAGUUCAGUCUGAGCUUGUAGAACUACAUCAGGUACAGGAGUCAAAGCUGGACCCUUCUGAGCCUGGGAGAUGGAAGUUCAGACUGAGCGUGGCAACUGAGGGAGAACGUCAGGCACCGCCCGGGACCGGCACCUUAUGGGGAGGCUUUCUUAGGGUUUUUCAAAUGAUUUCACAGACGCUUUCAUCUGGUUCUCACCUGCUGCCUGUGUGACUUGCCACAUAAGGAAACUAAGGCUCAGAGGCGCUGACUGACUUGCCCGAAGUCACACAGCUCGUCACAGGCAAAGCCAGGAGUUAAUGCACGUCGGUGCUAUGCGUGAGCAGCUGGUGUCAGGCCUGGCGGGCCCUCAAUGAAUGUUCGCUUCUUUCUUUAUAAAUGUAGAGUUCUUCCCACUCUGCCACAUCGUAUACGCUUCUGGGAUACAUUCCCUCAGCUUUGCAGCUCUUCUUUAUGGCUCAGGUUCUACACUUUCUCUUACGUUCUUCUGAUCGGCUCAGAAGUGUCACAGCAUUUCAUCUGAACUGUGGGGCCAGCCAUCCUCAUUCUUAGAACCUGGAGGCUGGAGUGGCCAUCAGAGAACCAGUUAAAGCCUUUUACUUUACAGACGAGUGAGCUGAGGCUCAGAGAGAGGAAGUGACUUGCCUGAGGUCGUACAGUGAGUGGGUGACUGAGCCAAGAUUAAAACUGCGAACGCUUUACUCAAAGGUCUAAGGGUCUUCAGCAGUCCAGAACUGAAGCCCAGACGAGUGAGGGAACUAACUGUAAGCCCAAGGGAGGAGCAGGGCUGAGGGUGGGGACUUCUGUGGGGGCUUUUUGAGGACCAGAGCAUCUGUGUAGGCCAAGAGGCAGGGAGCAGGGGAGAGCGGUGAGGGCUGAGGGGCACGUGCGGUGUUUGCCGAAUAAAUCGGUCUCCUGGCUGCCUGUGGUCUUCGCAGGGUAGGAGGUGAUGGGGCAGGACUGGUUGGGUUUCGUGCCGGGUGCGGCCCUUGGGAAGCCCUUGACUUCAGCCGUGGCGAAGGUAGAUUGGUACCUAUCACUUCCUCCCUUACGCCAGUGCUGUGGGAUGAAUGGAAGCAGCAUGUUUUCCCGAGGAGGCCUCUUCCAGGGAUAUUUAGGAGAGGUCAUUUCUCAGGGCGGUUUCUCUUCCGUUCAAAGGGAAGAGCAGUGCCGGAGCUCGGUGUCAGGCCCAGAGCAGCAGUUACGUGGUGACGGUAGUGGUCGUUCUGCAGGCGGUUUUCAGCGGCUCUGCAGAGCAGCGGGGUGUGGGCAAGAGCAGUUUACUGUUACGUUUUGCCGACAACACUUUCUCAGGCAGCUACAUCACUACGAUCGGAGUGGAUUUCAAGAUUCGGACCGUGGAGAUCAACGGGGAGAAAGUGAAGCUGCAGAUCUGGGACACGGCCGGGCAGGAGCGCUUCCGCACCAUCACCUCCACGUGAGUCAGGCUGGCCUCCUCCCGUUCUCCCCCCUCGCCACCUGCAUUUGGAUUAGCAUCGGGUGUCCCAAGUCACAGAGAUGUCAUGGGGUGGGCUCCUUGCUGGUGGAGGAGGAGGUGACGAGGUGGGCUACUUGCCCACGGGCGCCGCUGGCUGGGGGCCCUGGCUCUGGGGGCUGUCAGGACAGUACGAGUCAGCCAGCUCGCCCUCUGGCCUUCAGUUCCUCGGGAUGUAAAAUGGGAGAACAGGGGUGUGGCUCCCUAGGUGGUCACUCGGUGAGUGAGUGGCUCUUAUUCGGCUGGCCAUGCAUGCUCCCGUCACCAACCCCAACUUGGGAGGAGGCUUCCCUCUUUUGAGAGGCCCGGAAGGAGCAUGGGUACGCAGGAGGCCCUCAGGAGGCCUCUCCUCUGCCUCCCCAAAGCCGUUUACCGGGAGCCGGGUUCACCCAGUGGGCCGCCCUCCUUUGUAGCUGCAGCACCUUUGUGGUUCUUCGCUGUACAGAGGGGGACCCAGCCGGGGCCCCGGACGGCAGGAGUCCUGUGGACCUGUGGACGGGCUCUUGGUUCUUUUUU